CUUCCUUCUUGUCUUCCUUCCUUCUUCUUUUUAAAAAGAUGAUAUGGCAUUCCUACUGUCUAGGCCUCUUGUUGCUUUUGUUCAAUUCUAAGGUUGAUGCUGUAAUUCCUGCUGCUCGAAGCAUGCAAGGAUGUGUUCUCAUAAAAAAGGAGAUCUACUGCUAUGGUGGAUUUGGAGCAGCUUUAAAUUCCCCAUAUGCAACUUCCUACACAGAUCAUUUUGCACUCGAUGUAUCAAACAACUUUACUGUCUCGGCAUCCCUAACAAACUGGAGAGAGAUUCCGGCAACACCUGGAUUUGCAUUAGAGAGCGUGUACAGCCUUAGAGCCAACCCCAUUAUCCCACAAAACAGUUACGUUGUUAAUGGCUGUGGAAAAGACUACAACAACACACUCGUCAAUUCAACGAUCGUUUUCAAUGUCAAUACGCAACAGUGGAGCUCAGUUACAGAUGGGCUUUCAGGAAAUACAUCUGACGCUUCUUCUGUCUCUCUCAAUAAUGGAACAAUUAAGAUGUGGGGCGGUGUAAGCCUAGCAAAUAUCUCAAGUCCCGUUCGUUACUGGUACAAGAAUUUCUCUUGGGGUCAAUCGUGGAUUAAUAUACCUUCAGCCGCCCCAUCUUUCAUUUACCCUCGAUCUGGGCACGUCUCUACUCUUUCUCCAGAUGGUUCGACUAUUUACUACAUUGGAGGAAUAAAGUACUUUAAGCAAACUACGACUACCAAUAUUUACGACCAAAAAGAUGCCCCUAUGAGCGAAAUAUUGUCUUUCAACACAUCGACCAGCACCUGGUCUGUAAGCGCGACACUUGGAGACUUGACUCCUUCUGUAAGACACUCGUUUACCUUAAAUUUUGUUCCCAACACAAACUCCAUAUUUAUGUAUGGAGGAGAGUCUUACGCCGCCCAAACUACUAUUGUGAAUGACUACAGCUGGGUGAUUGAUCUCAGCACACUUACAUGGACUCAAAAGACGUUACCAAACAGCCCUGGGUGUCUUAAAGGACAUUCUGCCAUUUCGGUCAACAACUAUUUGUUUGUUUUGUUUGGAAACGACAAUUCGUUGACAUCUCAGAAUAGCUUUCAUGUAUUAAAUUUCGAUACGUGGGAGUGGACUGAUAGUUACGGUCCAAAUUGGGAUGUUCUUCAAAGCACACCUGGCUCAACCAACACCGGAUCUAAAGGCUUAAGCACUGGUGCUAUUGUAGGAAUUGCUGUUGGUGCCGCUGCAGCUGUAAUAAUUGCCUUGGUUGUUUUGUUCUUUCUUCGCAGACGAAAUAAGAAGGGAAAACAUGAAAAGGUUCAAAGUGAGACUUUGCCAAUUGGAUAUAGCGAGAAACCUCAGGCGUAUGAAUCACCAAAAGAGUAUAGAAAUGUCAACACAUCUGAUAAAACAGCCGUACUCAAUGCUUCAAGUGGGCCCAUGCAAGUUCCUCAUUCUUUUGAUAAUACUCCUAGUGCAGGAAACACACAGAUCUUUCAAGACUCUUCAAAGCAUAUUGUGCCAGAUACCACAAAACCAGAUUAUCUCAGCAGAUUGGGCUCUCCCAACGGUGUUAUUCUCCUUCAGCCAGUGAAACCAGACCUUGAAAGCUAACAGCUUAUUAUGCAGUAGCCAAAAAAAAAUUCUAUGUUAUUCAUAGCAUACAUCUGAAUGCGUGCAAUAUUGUUCGGUUACAUUCUAUUUACAUUCUACUGAACUACUUUUUACAAUAAAUUACCUUAAUAUUUACUACUCUC